AUGGCUUUACUGCACUUCUUGCUGCUGGUGUCGGUCUGUUUUGCGUCCAACUUACCCAUCGUCGAUCUUGGAUACGAGCGCCAUCAGGCGUUUUCAUUCAACAGCUCGCUAGGCAUCUACAACUUUAGUAAUAUCCGCUAUGCUGCGCCGCCGCUGGGCGAUCUAAGAUUUAGGGCACCCGUCCUGCCCACGACGAACCGCUCACAGGUUCAGGAUGGCUCUGUUGGAAUAGUGUGCCCGUCAGCAGAACCGAUGUGGGAACAAGAUAUUGCGGAGCCAUUCCUUUUAAGUAUCCUAUACAAUACCACCUUUAACCAGUCAACCAACAUCUCUUCCUAUCCGUAUACGCCUUCCAAGCUGGAUCCUCGGACCACUGAGGACUGCUUAUUCUUGGAUGUGGUUGUCCCGAAAACUAUCUUUGAUCGCACCCAGAAUAAAUCCUAUGUUCCCAAUUCUAAACUAGCUCCGGUGCUGGUGUGGAUCUAUGGUGGAGGCUAUACCAUGGGAGACAAAAGCGAGUUGGACGCUUCUGGGUUGGUCCACCGCAGUACAGUCUCAGGUGAGGGCAUUGUCUACGUUGCAAUGAACUAUCGGCUGGGAGCGUUUGGAUGGCUCUCUGGGAAUGGUCUCACGGCGAAUGGAACAGCAAAUGCCGGGCUUCAUGACCAGCGGUUUGCACUGGACUGGGUGUAUAAAAACAUCCAUCUCUUUGGUGGAGACUCCCGACGAGUCACCAUCAUGGGAGAGUCCGCCGGUGGAGGAUCAGUUAUGCAUCAGAUCACGGCCUACGGUGGCAAUGCUGGACCAUCGCCAUUCCAACAAGCAAUUGUCCAAAGUCCCGGCUGGGUCCCAAUGCCAGAAGAAAAGCAGCAGGAACAAAUAUUGCAGCAAUUCCUGUCUAUCUUGAAUGUCACUAGUGUGGAGGAGGCGCGCCGCCUGCCGUCGAAGAAAUUGAUCGCUGCCAAUGCGUAUCAAGUGGGCACCAAGUCCUAUUAUGGUUCAUUCACUUACGGGCCCGUCGUGGACGGCACCUUUGUUCCAGCACUACCCGGGCAGCUUCUGCUGGAGGGCAACUUUGAUCACAACCUCAAUAUUAUGGUCGGACACAAUGCCGACGAAGGGCUCGUUUUCACCUCGCCAGCCAGUCGCAACAGCAGCUAUCUCGCCGCCCAACUAAAGCAAGAAUUUGUGUAUAUGCGGCCUAAUGUGACCAAGCACAUCACGCAGGUACUGUACCCUCCAAUUUACGACGGCACCUACGGCUAUACAAACUCUGUUCAGCGCGAUGCUUUUCUUGUCUCGGAGUUGAUCUUCAUCUGCAACACGGACUACCUCAACCGGGCUUUCCAUAACCAGACAUAUGCCUACGAGUUCAGCAUUCCCCCUGCACUGCAUGGAGAGGACGUCGCCUACACUUUCUACAGCAAUGGGGCUGGCGCUUCUGACUCGAGUGUCACCAACGUCACUGUGGCAAUGGUGAUGCAGGACUGGUUCACCAGCUUUGUACAGUCUGGCGCGCCUAAUUCUAGUCUUGCUCCGACGUUCCCCCGACACGGCUGCCGUGGGCAGUUGAUGAAUAUCGCGAACAAUUCUAUCUAUCCCAGGCGCGACCCGACGGACAAUCCGCGAUGUCGCUUCUGGCAGACGGCACCUUACUAUGAACCAGCGUGA